AUGGCUCCCAUCACCACCGCCUCGAACGAGGAGACGCACGCCGCACUCCUCGAUACUCUCGACAUGCACAAGAUUCACAAGCCGUUCCGCAACCCGAAUUGGAAGCCGCCGCAGCGUCGAAACAAGAACCUCAAACAGAUCUUGUCGGAGGCACAGCGCGCACAGCAAAGCAUCAUCAAUACGCAGCAAAACUCCGGAGCCAGUACACCAUUGCCUACGACCGACGGUACCAACACACCUUCGCUGAAUCCCAACCCCGAGAAGGCAAGCCAGGAUCUUGGAAGAGCUGUGCUGGAGAAGAACGCGAAGCAGAACAACGGGAUCGCUACUCAACCUAUCAGUGCUGGUUAUGGAGGCUUCUCUGGUGUGACAUAUACCAGCAUCGCUGCCGCACCCAGUCUGAAGCCAAAGAAGAAGUACUGCGACAUUACAGGAUUGCCUGCAAAAUAUAAGGAUCCCAAGUCGGGACUAUACUACUACAACGCGGAGAUCUAUGCAGUAGUCAAUGGCCUGAGUACGACGCAGGUGCAGGAAUACCUCGCUGCGAGAGGUGCCAACACGGUGUUGAAGUGA